UGGGUUUUGUUGUGAAAGCAUUACAGUAAUGGCGGCUCCUCGGAAUUUAACAGGUGACGGCGGAGGAAGACAGCUUGUAAAAGACGAAGAAAGCGCCGCCGCGUCUUCGGCAGCUAAAGGACUCUUAAACGAUGAUUCACCGACGGGUAAACGAACCAAAUCGGAGAGAUUUCCUCUCUCACGGUGGGAAUUCGCCGUCUUUUUCACCGUCUUCCUUGUUUUCACCACCGGACUUUUGUGUAUUUACCUCACCAUGCCUGCCGCUGAAUACGGCAAGCUCAAAGUUCCUAGAACUAUCUCCGAUCUUCGAUUGCUUAAAGAGAAUCUUGGGUCUUAUGCAAGUGAGUACCAAGCACGGUUCAUUUUAGGUUACUGCUCGACGUAUAUCUUUAUGCAGACCUUUAUGAUACCUGGAACAAUCUUUAUGUCAUUGCUUGCUGGAGCUCUUUUUGGUGUGGUUAGAGGUUUUGUCCUUGUUGUCCUCAAUGCAACAGCUGGAGCAUGUUCUUGUUUCUUCUUAUCGAAAUUGGUCGGAAGGCCUUUGGUUAACUGGCUAUGGCCUGAAAAGUUGAGGUUUUUCCAGGCAGAGAUUGCGAAAAGAAGAGAUAGGCUGCUAAACUACAUGCUGUUCUUAAGGAUAACACCAACGCUUCCAAACCUCUUUAUCAAUUUGUCUUCUCCAAUCGUUGACAUACCCUUUCACGUCUUCUUUUUGGCGACUCUAGUCGGCCUUAUGCCAGCUUCGUACAUCACCGUUAGAGCUGGUUUGGCUCUUGGAGAUCUCAGAUCAGUAAAGGAUCUGUAUGAUUUUAAGACUUUGUCCGUGUUAUUCCUCAUUGGAUCCAUCUCCAUAUUCCCUGCCCUCCUAAAGAGAAAGAGAGUAUAUGAAUGAAGACUGAAGAGUAUAAUCAUUUAUAUAGAUAUUCAUGAGCAGCACCUUUCAGUCGCAUGGCGGGAUUUUAAAGGUGUUUAUGAGCUCAAGAUAAAGAAGAAGAUUGUUUCUGAAACAUCACGAAGCUUACCGCUAACUCUGGCUUUGAUUGGUUUACUGUCGUCAAUUCGAGAGCUUCUCUCAUUCCCUUGUAGUAAAUGUUUGUCUAGCUA